AGCUUGGUUCGCUCUCAGUUAGUCCUUACAAACAUUUUCCCCCCAAAUUAUUCCUAUCAUUCAUCUAGAAUCAGAGUUUUUAAAAUUAUGUAAUUAAGUUGUCUUUUUAAACAAUUGAAUCAAACGUAUAACUUAAUUAAAAAUGAAAUAAAUGAAAUAAAAUAAUAAAAAUUCAUGGUUACAUGUAGUUGCCUAAGUAGUGGAUGAAAGUUUCGAGAGAUGGAGAAUUUGAAGGGAAAGGUCUCAACGUUGUAAGCUCGAUCCUAUUUCUCCUCGUUUCUUUUCCCUCCACACUUUCCUUUCAUUUUACCUUCAAACUUUCAAACCCCGUUUUCCCAAGAAAAAACAAUAAAAAGAAAAUAAGAAAAACAAAACUCAAAUAUCAAAUUCCAUUAUAUUUUAUUUUAUUUUAUUUUAUUUAUUUAUUUUAAAGAAAACUAAUCAAUUUCCACCAAUGUCCUCCUCUUCCUCCGACGACGACUCCCCCGCCGCCGUAGAACCAACCCCCGCAGAAGAACCCGCCGCCGAAGAAAAACCAACCCCCGCAGAAGAAACUGCCAUCGAUGAAACCGCCGCCGCCGAAGAAACCACCCCCACCAUCGCCGCCGCCGAAGCACCCGUCAUCAAAACCAGCAGCAGAGCAAGCGGAAGCGGCCCCGUGGUGAGAUUCGAUAUCUCACAAUCGUCAUCCUUAACCACAAUCGCAAAAACCGCCAUUGAAUCCCUAAAAUCCAUUCUCCCAAAUAUCCCCUCAUCUCUCCCUUCCGCACCCAACCCCGCCCUCGCCCUCCUCAACGACCUCGAAACCACCGCCCAAAUCACCGCCCUCCUCCGCCGCCCCACCUCCGGCGCCGGCGACGACAACCUCUGCCGUUGGCUCUACGAUACUUUCCAAUCCAACAACCCCGACCUCAAACUCGUCGUCCUCCGCUUCCUCCCUGUUCUCCUCGGCGCUUACCUCUCCCGUGUCGUCUCCCGCCGCAAAUCCCUCGCCGGGUUCGAAGCCGUUCUCCUCUCCCUCUACGCCCAUGAAACCAACCGCCGCGCCAGCCAACCCCUCUCCGUCAACAUCCCCGAUUUAACCCACCCCAGUAUUUACCACGAAUCCAAAUCCCCUCUCAAAAACAAUGCCACCGCUCUCAAUCUCGCCGUAAUCUCCCCAUCGUUGGAGCCCCACGGUAUGGUCCGCUCCACCAAGAGGGCUCGAAUCGUCGGCGUCGCCCUCGAACUCUACUACACGAAAAUCGAUAAGAUUCCAGAAACUUCCAAGAUUGAGUUCUGCGAGUUUUGCCGGAUCUGGGCCAGCGGCGGCGAUGAUGAAAAGGGAAAAGUUAAAAAUGAGGAAGCGGCGGCGGAGGAGGCAGAGGAGGAGAGUAUUGGGAGAAUUCCGUUGCCGUGGGAGAUGCUUCAGCCGAUUUUAAGAGUGUUGGGGCACUGUCUUUUGGGGUCGAAUGUGACUGCGAAGUGCAAGAAGAAUGAAACGACCCCGUUGUUCGAUGCAGCCAUUGCUGCGAUUCGGAGCUUGUAUUUGAGAUCGAUGCAUGACAUUAAUCCCAAAGCAAUUUUGGCGACUGGGAGUUUGGUGAGGUUGGGGAAUAUGGCUAUGGAGUCGGCUGAUGAAAUUGAUUACACUGAGAUUCCUUAUCAAACUGUCAUCAACCUCUAGCAAUUCAUUUUUUCUUCUUUUUCUCUUCAGAUCAAAUGAAUGGUUGCAAUCUUUUUUCUUGCCUUUUUCUCUUUUUUGUUUGGAUUCUUUAAUUUUCUUUAGUGAAUUUGGAGUUGUAAAAUAAAAUGUACUUUAUAGAGAAUUGUCUUUGUUGGCUUAUUUUUGUUUGGUUGAUA